AUGUACUCGAGCACGCGGUGCGGGCGCCUGCUGCAUCGACAGCGCGCAGGGCUGGCCACGCUCUCCAUAUGCGACAAGCGCAUGGUCCUGUGGACACAGGAGAUGGAGCGACAGCAGGUGGUGAUGACUCAAGCAGCAGAGCAGGCGGAGAGUCGCGCAGAGCCACUGGAGCUAGCGGUCGAGUAUCCGGGUGCGACGCCAGGCGUGUUUGCCUUCCGUGGAACCGCAGGGGCGUCCACGUCCAUUGAUGUACUGAAGAAGAUGCACGAGAUGGGACUGCCCAAAUUCCAAGCACUGGCUUCGAAGAGCCACAACGAGCUGCUGGAUCUACGUACGCCGUUGCAACGGUCCGGCUCGCUGCAGCUACUCGAUUUCUCGAGUGACGAAGGCAAGAGCGUGUUUUGGCACUCGUCCGCGCACGUUCUAGGACAGGCACUAGAACACAAGUUUCGAGACAAGAUUCGACUGACGGACGGCCCGGUGUUAAGCGAGGGAGGGUUUUUCUACGAAAUGUUCUUGCAGGAUGGAGACACCGUGUCAGAAAUGGACUUUGACGAGAUUGCGCGAAGUGUAAAAAAGAUUGUCAAGGCCAGGCAACCGUUCGAACGACUGCAGGUGACGCGCGACUUUGCAAAUGAGCUGUUUGCCUACUCGGACUUCAAACGUGACAUGUUGCAUAAAGUUCCGGAAGGAGAGGCGAUAUCGCUCUACCGUUGUGGGCCACUUAUUGAUUUGUGCCGCGGUCCUCACGUCCCGCACACUGGCGUACUGUCGUCGUUUGAGAUUACGCGAUGUGGUGCAUCGCACUGGGAGGGAAAGGAGUUGUUGCAGCGCGUUUAUGCUAUAUCGUUUCCCGAUAACACGCAGCUCAAGGAGUGGCGUCACCUCCAGGAAGAAGCGAAGAAGCGAGAUCAUCGCAUCAUCGGCCGCGCCCAGCAGCUUUUCAUGUUUCAUCCCCUAAGCCCUGGCUCGUCUUUCUUCCUGCCUCAUGGCACGCGGAUAUUCAAUACGCUUGCCGAUUUUAUCCGCCGCGAGUAUCGCCGACGUGGUUACGAGGAGGUAAUUACACCUUUGAUCUACAAGAAGGAGCUGUGGGAGACGUCGGGUCAUCUCAAGAACUACCAUGAUGACAUGUUUAUGGUUUCCCAAGGCAUUGGCACAGAUGACGGGAAGCAGUCAUGCGAAGGGCACGAUGGCGCUCACACUAGAGAUGAGUACGAUCAAUUCGGACUGAAGCCUAUGAACUGCCCAGGACACUGCUUGAUAUUCCGCGAAGCGAAGAAGUACUCGUACCGAGAAUUGCCGAUCCGUCUCGCUGACUUUUCGGCACUUCAUCGUAAUGAGGCGUCUGGCGCACUGUCGGGGCUAACUCGAGUUCGCCGUUUUCACCAGGACGAUGCGCACAUUUUUUGCACAGCUCGUCAGGUACAAUCGGAGAUUGCUCAUGCUCUCGAUUUCGUCAAGCACGUGUAUGGCAUCUUUGGCUUCAAGUUCAAUCUGCGUCUCUCGACGCGUCCCGAGAAGUACAUGGGCAAGCUCGAGCUUUGGGAUGACGCAGAAGAUCAGCUGCGUUUAGCUCUCGACGACUUUGGCCAACCGUGGAGUAUCAACGAAGGCGACGGUGCGUUCUACGGGCCGAAAAUCGACAUCGUCGUGACGGAUGCCUUGAAGCGUCAGCACCAGUGUGGUACGAUCCAGCUGGACUUUCAGCUGCCGAUCAACUUCGAGCUCGAGUACAACGGUGCUGAUGGCGAACCUCACACUCCUAUUAUCAUCCAUCGUGCCGUACUAGGAUCGAUUGAGCGGAUGAUGGCAAUCCUGAUUGAGCACACUGGUGGCAAGUGGCCACUGUGGCUCAGCCCGAGACAGGUGGCGGUAUUGCCCAUUGCUAAAGCACACCGCGAGUACGCUCACGAGGUUGCGAGUGAGUUACAGAAGGCCACUCCACGCGGUUUGUUUGUCGAAGUACAAGACGACAGCAAGACACUUAACAAGCGUGUGCGCGACGCACAGGUCGCGGGGUUCAACUACAUUCUUGUUGUAGGUGACAAGGAACAGGCCGCGCAGGAGGUCAACGUUCGCACGCGCGACAACCAAGUGCACGGCGCUAAACCACUUGCUGACUUCAUCGAUGUCGUCAAGGCCGCUAUCGAUCGUCUAGAGUAG